ACGUAAUUCGCUUCUAAUGCAGAAUGAGCCAAUGAUAAUUAAGGAAGUGCGUUUAGUGAAUUGGUAUUAGUUGAACGGUAACCAAUCACAAGCCCAGCGAGGCGGCUUGGGGGUUAUGAAUGGUGGAUGAGGCAGGUGAGGGGUUGUGAUUGGUGAGUGGAGCGUGAGGCGCCGCGUCGACACGGCUGUCAGGCGAGGGGUUUGUUUACGUCUCCACGGGAGCGGCUGCCACACACUGGCGCCGCCGCUACCAUGGCAGGGAAGGAUGCUGCCGCCGCCGACACCCUCGUCGCCUCCCCCAAGCUGCAGCUCCCCGUCAUAGAGGAGCUCAACUUGUAUGUCAACUCGAAGAUUGCCAAGAUCAUAGCGGCUGGAGUAGUGGUGUGCUUCAUCACCUACCAUGGCUUCUUGCAUGCAGUUGAUGGUGGGGAUUCGUGCCAAAGAUUACUGUCAGAUGGGAGGUUUCAGGGUGCGUUGGUGUGGCAGCCCUAUGGCUGUAUGCUCCAUACAUACUCUAAUACAGAUAGUCGAAGGUGCAUGAGGUAUGUUGCUUUUCUUAAGCAAGACAAUCACAUUUUGUUUGUAGGAGACUCCAGAAUAAGGCAGUUGUAUCUCGCUAUGGUUAAACAGAUUGCAGUGACACAUCCGAAGUUUCCCGAUGCAAUGCACGAAGAUAUGCGCUACAAUGACACCAACCUACACCUUAAUAUAGAGUUCCUGUGGAGGCCCCUGAUGGAUCAACAUGUAGUCAAGCUUCUUAGCCAGUUAAAGAGAAAAAAGUCCUUACCCAAGCUGAUAGUGAUGGGAAGUGCCACACACAGCAUCAAGAUUUUUAAUGGCUCAGCUCUGGCUCUAGAGGAGUAUAAAAAAAAUCUUACAAUUCUCUCGUCGGCCUUACACCAGAUAGGCAACAGAACCCAGUUGCUGUGGAUGUUGCAAGAUCCAGUUGUGCCCGAGAGACUGAAGCCCGAGAGACUCGCCAUAACCAAUGAUCAGCUGGAUCUCUAUAACAUGGCAGCUAUGGAGGUUCUUUACAACACAAAGGUGCGCAUAUGGUCGAGCUCACGACUAGUAGCUCAGGGAAGUAUUGGAGGCUUUUCUGAUGGCAUACAUGCUGGAGAAGUAACAAUAAAAUAUGACACACAGAUACUAAUGAAUUUAUACUGUAAUGACCAUCUCAAUUUCAAUGAUGGUACUUGCUGCAACUCCAGAGAAGCUGUAACAAUAACCCAGAUUGCUACAUUUGCUGCACUAUGUUCUUGCCCGAUUAUCUUGAUAGCUGUGGCUGUUAAGCAGUGGUUCUGUGUUUCUCACCACGUUAAUGGUGGUAUCAAAACGUCGGCAUCGGCUGGCUCAGACUCGACCCAGUCUCUUGUCUUGGGAAACAAAGCUUCCAAGAAGAAAAGUGAUCCAUCUUCUCAAGAUUUCUUGAUGGCCCUUGGAAAACUUGGACUCAUCAUGGGAUAUUUUUUUUUGUGUGACAGAACAAGUUUGUUCAUGAAGGAAAACAAAUACUUCUCUCAGUUGAACUUCUUGUUGCCUUUGGGGUAUGUGUUUGCUCUUGGCCUGUUCUUCACGGAGGAUACAUCACAAACACGCCUCUUGCACCGGGAUAUGACAGACGAAUGGAAAGGUUGGAUGCAGCUGGUGAUACUCAUUUAUCACAUGACUGGAGCCUCGCAGGUUCUACCAAUAUACAUGCACGUUCGUGUUCUUGUGUCUGCGUACCUGUUCCUCACAGGGUAUGGUCACUUCUCUUACUAUUGGAGUGGCAGAGACAUGGGCAUUGUCCGGUACUGUCAGGUAAUGUUUCGCAUAAACUUCCUGGUAGUUAUACUCUGCUUGGUUAUGAAUCGACCCUACCAGUUCUACUAUUUUGUACCACUAAUAUCAUUUUGGUACACCGUAAUGCACGUUACUCUUGUAAUACCACCACGCAUCACUCGGCCUGCACAUGCAAAUUCUGAAGCUUCACCAUUUAAUUACCUAUACAGCAUCAUUAAGUUUGUUGGCCUUGGAGGAUUUAUCACCGUUUUGUUCCUGUCAGAGGUCUUUUUUGAAAAGAUUUUUGUUAUGCGACCUUGGAAAGCAUUAUUUGUUACAACAGACGAUGAUAUUCAUGAGUGGUGGUUCCGAUGGCAGCUUGACAGAUACAGCCUGCUGUAUGGUAUGAUCUUCUCACUGCUGUACAAUGGUCUUGCUCAGUAUAGCCUUAUAGAUGAUAAGAGCGGCUCAAAUUUAAUGGGUGGUCGUUUAGCCUUGCUGGUAUCCUUCGUAGCCACCGUCUUUAUUGCUUCCUAUUCUACCAUGACAUUCAUUUGCACCAACAAGCCAGACUGCAAUGAGAUCCACCCAUAUGUGGUGUGGGUGCCGAUCUUGGGUUUCAUUGUUCUCCGCAACAUAGUGGGUAUUCUGAGGACUCGCUACUCUUCAUUUUUUGCCUGGUUUGGCCGCAUUUCCCUUGAACUGUUUGUCUGUCAGUACCACAUAUGGCUGGCUGCCGACACACAUGGUGUUCUAGUUUUAAUACCCUCAUAUCCGGUUGCAAAUGUCCUUGCAACAUCAUUUAUAUUUAUAUGCAUUUGUCAUGAGAUUCAUCACAUUACUAAUAUAAUUACACCAUUCUUGGUACCGAAUGAUUCCUUAAGGGCGGUACGCAAUCUGAGUGUUUUUGUAUUUCUUUUAAUGGCAAUCGGCGUCCAUGAUGGUGUUUUUUAAGUGUAUCCAUUGAUGAAGUGGCUUCAUGUCUACCAUGUUGUCAGCGAACACGGGUAGGAAGUAAUGGAAUAACAGCAGCAGGUGGAGUAGGUAGGAAAUAUAAGGCAUUCCAUUUGUAAUAGAAAGUUUCAGAUUUCAGCCUGAUACUUUAAAGAUACUGUACUGUAUAUUAAUACAUACUAUAUUGGUAUUUUUAUGAUAGAACUGUACUGGACUUAUCAAAUUGACCCUAAUAACUCAAUAACUCAUAAAACAGUAUUAUAUUUAUUUAUUUUUCACUAUUACAUGCAGUUUUCAUAGUGUUGGACAGUUAUAUAUCAUUUUGGAAUUUUUAUAUUCACACAUGGUUUUAUAUAUACAGUAUAUAUAUA